UAUAAACAAAGACUUAAGCAUUAUAAAUAAGGAUGUCUUCAUCCACUCAACUCACAAAAAAUUGGAUAAUUACUUUAUUGAAUUGAAAAAUGUCAAGCCCAUUAACCUUGUCAUCUACAAACCAUUUGCCUCAAAGUUUUGUGGUGCCAUUGAAGAAAAGGCCAGAAAAAGAAGUUCCUCUUGGAAAGGACAUCCCUAUCAUUGAUAUCGGACAACCUGAAGAUGUCCUUGUCGAACAAAUCGGCAAGGCAUGUCGAGAUUUUGGACUCUUUCAGGUGGUAAAUCACGGAGUUCCAGAGAACCUAAUGGCAGAGGCAAUGAAAGUGUUGAAAGAAUUUUUUGAGCUGGCUGCUGAGGAAAAGGCUAUGUUUUAUGAUGAUGAUGGCAAGCCAUAUGACCUUGUACCGAAUCUUUCUCAGAAGGCAAAGUUGUAUGCUGAAGGCAACAAGAGCUCAGAAGGGGAGUUCAACUUUUGGAAGGACUGUUUAGGACAUGGUUGUCAUCCACUGGAUGAAGAACUUGUCAACAGUUGGCCAGACAAGCCAGCAACAUAUAAAGAGGUGAUAGGUAAAUAUGCAGUGGAAGUGAGGAAUUUAGCUAAAAGGGUAUUGGACAUCAUCUGUCAAGGCUUAGGACUUCCAUUGGAUUAUUUCGGAAAAGAAUUGAUCCAAAAUCAGAUGAUGUUCAGUAACUACUACCCUCCAUGUCCCGAACCAAGUUCCACGUUGGGAGUCGGGAGUCACUGUGACCCUUUUCUUAUCACUUUUCUUCAGCAAGAUUUGUAUGCGCUCCAAUUUCUCAACAAAGAUGGGCAGUGGAUCGGUGUUGAGCCCAUCUCUAACGCUUUUGUCGUAAUACUAGGAUUGACUUUUAACGUUAUUACCAACAACGUGAUGGAAGCAGCAGUCCAUAGAGUUGUGACAAAUCAAACCCAUGAUCGGAUAUCCAUUACUACCUUCUUUAAUCCUCCCAAUUCAACCACUAUUGAACCAGAAAAGCAACUUUUAAGUGAAAAGAAACCCCCAUUAUAUAGACCUUUCACAUAUGUUGAUUUUUUUGGCAAUUAUCUAAGUGACGACUAUGAUGUAGGUCUGAAACACUAUAAAAUAUGAUGUGUCUUUAUUAGUCUCGGGGUUCAGGAAGUCGUGUUCUUUCAAAUAAAUAGAGUAAACCUCUAUAUGAUGGGCAUAGGUUGGUAUUUAUCUCAAAUAAAUUGAGUGAACCUCUAUGUGUUGGGUAUUGUUUGGUAUAUUCAAAGGUCUUGUCUAUCAUGUGACUGCUUAAACACGUUGUAAUCAGUAAUUAUUUAUUAAUAUACGGAUUUCCUUUCUUAUUAUUAA